ACAACACUGGCAUACUUACAAUCCCACAAGAGUCCUUGCCUCCUCGCCGAGUUUCUUCCGCGCCCGGUCCCGCCGCUCGUUCAGCUCCGCGACCUCGACCUUCGCGGAGCACAGCUCCGCAACCAAUCGAUCGUGCGUCGCCGCGCCCGUCGACCGCGCCGCCGCGAGCGCGUCGCGCACGCUGUCGCGCUUUGCGCGCUUCGUCUCGAGCUCCUUCUUGAGCUCGUCGACCUUGAGCAGGUUCGUGCGCACGAUGUCGGACCAGGCGUUCUUCAGCGUCUUGUGCUGUUCUUCCAGCGCCUUGAUCUGCUGGCGGUAGCCCUCCUCGCGGCGCGCCCAGGCGGCGUCAUCCAAGUAGCGCUGGUCGUCGUCGUCCUCGAGCGAGGUGGUCGAGGUGCGCGUGGCGUCGUCGGCCAUCGGUUUUUUUUUCGCGGCGGCGGCGUACCGCUGCAGUCAGGGAGAGCGUGCUGUUUAGAGAGCAGUUUUCGAGCGUCCGCAGCGAAACCGAUCGUAACUCGCGAACCACAGUCGAAAAAUAUAGCAGUGGUAUUCAGGAAUCUACACAGGAGCGCCACCCCGGCCCAAUCCAGCCUGCUUUUUGCCCCAGCCCCA